GUGUAUAAUAAUAGAGUUGUUUAGUGAGUUAGUGGCCGUGAAAACUAAGUUUUUGGAAAAUUGACUACACGGACCCUCUACUUGUGUGUAAUGCGCGUGUGAUUUUCACCUUUUUAGGCCUUUAUUAACACCCAUUUCUCUUCAUUCUCUGUUGCAUACCCUCUCUUCACAUACUCCCAACACACAUACCAAUCCCCUCUCUCUCUCUCUCUCUGUUUUUCUACUCUGCUUUUCUCUCUGUUUCUUUUCCACUUCUUUCAGUCCAGUUCAUUUAAAAGAAAAAGAAAGGAAGAAAGAAAUGACAAACCAGAAUGUGGUAUCAACCGAAGCGAAAUUGCGUAUUGAUAUCAGGAUCAGGGUGCUCUUGCCCAAAUCUUUAUUUUCACCGGCUGUUGUUCCGAAGCCAUUGUUAUUGCCUGCUCCUAAACUUGCAAACAAGAUGGAAACACGAGUAACAGGAGUUAGAACUAGCACUUGGGUUGAUUCUAUGAGAGACUCCUCUCCUACCCGUGUCAAAUCCACGGCUUCUUUAUCUGAAAUUGAAGAGAAAAGCUCAUGGAUUGUCAAUCAUCCUUCAGCAUUAAGCGUGUUUGAGCAAAUAGUGAAUGCAUCAAAAGGAAAGCAGAUUGUGAUGUUUCUUGAUUACGAUGGUACACUUUCACCCAUUGUUGAAGACCCUGAUCGAGCAUUCAUGACUAAUGAAAUGAGAGAUGCAGUUAGAGAUGUUGCAAGAUAUUUCCCUACAGCAAUAGUCACUGGAAGGUGCAGGGACAAGGUCUACAGCUUUGUAAAAUUGGCAGGGCUUUACUAUGCUGGUAGCCAUGGCAUGGACAUAAAGGGACCAUCAAAAAGUCACAAAUACAGAAAAGACCAUCAAUCUGUACUCUUUCAACCUGCUAGCAAAUUUUUGCCUAUGAUUGAUGAGGUGUACAAAGUUUUGAUGGAGAAAACAAAAUCCAUCCCUGGAGCUAAAGUCGAAAACAACAAAUUUUGUUUAUCCGUACACUUCCGAUGUGUUGAGGAACAGAUGUGGGCUGCAUUAGCAGAAGAAGUUAGAUCAGUACUUAACGAUUAUCCAAAGCUUAGACUAACUCAAGGGAGGAAGGUUUUAGAGAUCCGACCGACCAUUAAAUGGGACAAGGGCAAAGCUCUUGAAUUCUUGUUAGAAUCACUAGGGUAUGCUAAUUCCACUGAUGUUUUACCUGUCUAUAUCGGUGAUGACCGAAGCGAUGAGGACGCAUUCAAGGUUUUACGGAACAGGGGACAAGGGCUUGGGAUACUGGUUUCUAAAUUUCCAAAGGAAACAAAUGCCUCUUAUUCGUUGCAAGAUCCAGCUGAGGUUAAAGACUUCUUGCGGCGUUUGGUAGAGUGGAAGCAGAAGUCUUUGCGGGGACUUUGUUGGGAGUAAAAGUAAUAAAAGAAGAAAAAAAAAACAAAAAAAUUGAUUUCCACCCUAUAAUAGUUAUUAUCGUUCAAGGGUGGAUUAAUCAAAUUAUGGAGCUUUUUUCUUUUUCUUGUUUAGACAUUGUAAAGCUGAAACAAAAGAAAUGGAAUACAAGAAUUCCAUAAUUUUGGAUAA